AGGGGCCGUUGUGUGACAUAGUGAGGUGACUUCAGCAGAGUCUCAUGUCAUCGCUGGACUUGAUGAAAACAGAGUGUUUGGCAUCAGGGACGCUGUCCUCCGCUUCCAUCAAGAGGAGACUCAUCAACAAGAGGAGGGUCGCUCCGAGGGCGCAGCAGGAUGCCGACAGCGACUGUCAGCUGUGCAGGUGUUCCAUAUUUCCCCUGUCUGGCAGUAGUCGCACUGUUCGUCGGAUUCUGACAGCCUGCCUCCUCUCUUUUCUGGCCCUGCUUGGAUCUGUAUCCAUUGACCUCAGCUCAAACUUUGACUUGCUGCACACUACAGAAGCUGCUUAUGACGAGCUGACUUCCUGCAGGACGAUAGCAAUCCUACAGUUGGUCAGUAAGCUUCAAAAGAUGAGACAUUUAUUCACCAAAAAUAUGGGAAAUGAGACAUUGGAGGUUGUGUUUCCUGUGUUCAGUUCUCUCUGUGACGAGAUGGUGGGUCACAGUAAUGGCCAUGGGCUCCCUUGCAGUAUUGAGUUGGUUGGAUUUUGCCAGGAGAUAACAAGGAAUGUUCAAGGAUUUCUAAAUGAUUCAUUGGCUACAAACACAAGUGAAAAUGGUACUGCUUACUCCUUGGCCAUCAGAAGACUUCUUGACAUCUGGGGUACAGUCGAAGAUACUGUAGUCAAAGUCAAACAGGAUUUUAACUGGAGAGAUGUACUGUCUGCAAGACUUCUGGUAACAUUCAUAGAGCUCAACUACCAGUUAAUGGACUUGCGCCACAUGGCAGCUCACAGUGACUUCCAGUACAAGUGGACUCAUGUACUGAGCUACCUUGGUUUUGCAAGGGUUUUGACAGAAAGAUUGAAUGACUGCUGGUUAGAAAAUAUAGACUUCAAGUUAAACUCAAGCCAGCAAGUAAAACAUUCUUAUAUUUUCAACACAAGUUUGUGGCAGAUCUCUGGAGGAGGAACCGAGCUUCUGUCUGGGUCACACACUGGAGUUGAAGCUUUGACAAACACUCAGCAGUGCUUGUUUGACCGUGCAGUGCCAGCUCUCAGGUUGGCAUCACGAUCUGUGUCGUCAGGGCUCAGUAUGAGGGUCUGCUUGCUGGCUAUAGCCUGCCUCAUCUAUCCAGUGGUGAUGUUGUCUUUCAAGCAGAUGACCGAGUGGAUACAAGACUAUGCCAAGACUUUGAAGGAGAAGACUGAGGACCUGAAGCGCCAGAGGCAGCUGGCCGAGGAUCUGCUGCACCAAAUGCUGCCCAAGUCAGUCGCCAAGCAACUCCGCCAGCACAGACAUGUUGAGGCUGAGAGCUACGAAAAGGUGACCAUUUUUUUCUCAGACAUCGUGGGCUUCACUUCCAUCUCUGCGUCCUGUACUCCUCUGCAAGUGGUGGAGAUGCUCAACAACCUCUACAUGUGCUUCGACACACGCAUCGACUCCUAUGACGUCUACAAGGUGGAGACGAUAGGGGAUGCGUACAUGGUGGUGAGCGGCCUGCCUGAAAGGAACGGGGACAGACAUGCUGACGAGAUCGCCAAGAUGUCUCUGGAUCUGGUGGCAGCUGUCAGACAGGUCUCCAUCCCUCACAUGCCCAACCAGAGGCUGCAGCUCAGAGCUGGCAUCCACACAGGUCCAUGUGUGGCAGGAAUAGUAGGCUACAAGAUGCCAAGAUACUGUCUGUUUGGGGAUACUGUCAACACGGCCUCAAGAAUGGAGUCCACCAGCCUGCCUCAGAAAAUCCACGCCAGUUCAGAAACUUACUUGGCCCUUAUGAAAGACAAUGCCUAUGAGCUGCAGCUCCGUGGAGAGAUUGAGGUCAAGGGUAAAGGCAAAAUGAACACGUACUGGCUGGUUGGCCAUAAGAACUACAGCGUGCAGAACGACAGUCUGGUUUGUCACUGGAAUCCCAACAUGGCCAGAAAGAAGAAGACAGCGGCAGGCAGUGUGGUCUCUGUGGGCAACUCAUCAGUGACUGUCCAGAGCCUAAGUGAGAACGCCAACUCCCCAGUCUCCAUCCCCUCAGCAGUGGUGAGCCAAACCCCGCAGCAUCCUCAAACAGACUAACCCGGGCUGAGCGUGGCAGCUCAGAUGGAGUCCCACAGCAACUACGAUGUUGGGGCUGCAGGGAGGAGACGAGAGCCCUCUACCAUCCACCACCACCACCACCAUCAUCCAUCUGCCAUAUGUAACCAGCUCAGGACUUCAGUUACCAUGACAACAUCUAUCAACCGAUGAGAUUAGUUUGUAGUAGAUAGCGUAAUACUUGCUAAAUAAUGUUAUUGCUUGUCACCUUAAAGUCCAACUCAACUAGGCUUAUUUGAUCUCUGCAUUGUAAAACAGUUUGUUUUUUGUGGUGUGUACAGUAUGUAUUUGUUUGUAUAUUUGUCUGUAUGUUUCCUUUCUAUCGUGUCUUAAAAGUGAUCAUUAAAAUAAAAGUUACUAACUUCC